AUGCCGAGACCCUGGGAGGUUACUAUUGAGCAUAUCUAUCGAGAGGGCAAUUGUUGUGCUGAUUAUCUUGCUAGUAGGGGCCAUGUUCUCCCCUUUGGUUUACAUGAGGUAGAGAGUUCGGAUCCGAUGUUGUCUUAUUGGAUUAUGUAUGAUUGUCCGGGGAUGUCCGAAUCCGGUUGGUUUUGA